AUGAAAGUUUGGGUUAAAGAUUUGAAAACGUUCAGCAAUGCCAACAAGGAGAAAGUUAUUAAAGGCCAUAUACUUGGCUAUUUUAAUCUAAAUCCUGAGUUAGUGAGUUUUUUUUACAGUGUUCCAGGAGUGAUUAAUUUUUUGAAUCAUAAAAGAGGCAGAGAAGAGUUACCCAAUUCUGUUUCUGAAAAAGUGAUUAAAAAUUUCUUUGCCAAGAUGCGGGAAAAAAAAGAGGUUAAAGCAGUUAUUCAUAAUACUACUCUAAGUGAUAAGGACUUGGUAAAAAUUACAGAGGGAAUAUUUGCCGGAAAAGAGGCAAGAAUUAUCCAUAUUAAUGAAAAGAAGCAGAAAGUUAAAAUCAAACUUGAAGAUUCAGGCUGA